AUGAAGUCUCUCCGAUUCAUUAGCGCCGAAGCGUUUGUGUCAAAUGCAGAGUUUGCCAGGAAGAGUCUUGGUGCUGUUGCCCAUGAUCUUUUUCCACUUCUUUUUAAAGCCAGCUAUUUACUGGAGCAAGGGGAAGUGAUUCACGACUUGGUAGAGAACUGGCCACUUUUUGAUUUUAACAUGGGAAAACUUUUAGGAGCUACUCUGGACUACCAGGAAGACCUGAGCCGUAGAACAUGCUCAGUGUGCUUGGAAAACUGUCUGACAGGGCUGAGAGACUAUGUGCUGAAUCAGUCUUCUCCCUACAUGAAAAAGUUGAAAGUGGUCGACCUGACAGGUAUAAAAGAUGUUGAAGUUCAGUUUUGUAAGUGCAAGAAGACAAUGGGCAGGUGGGCCAGGACACAGCGGCUCUCUAAGCUUUGUUCAGAACUGCUGGUUUACCUGCAACAAGCACAGUGCAAUCCAGGUACCUUUGAAAUCAGUAUCAAUGUGCUAAUUGACUUGUUUGUUACAGAGCGGAACUAUGAGCUGGUUGUACAGGCCCUGUUGAAGAAAUGCAGUUGUCCACUGAAAAUCUGCUGUGUGGCAUUCAGAUCUGACAACCUGACCUUGCAGAAAUUCUUCUAUAUCAUAAAGCUCACUGAUCCCUCCUCGUUGCGCAAACUGGAAAUAGUUCAUAAUGUUCACUUGGAAAUGGAGCACUUGGAAAUGCUCUUCAACAGUAUUCACUUCCCUCUAUUGAUGUCCUUGACCUUGCCAGCACGAACAUUUAAUGUGAGGAGGUUCACAGCGACAGAUGAACAGAUGCUUACUAACAUUGGAGAAAAGAUGGGUGAAAUGACACAGCUCACUGAGCUGAGUAUAUCAUUUUCUGUCCUCACUGGAAGAAUACAGAAACUUCUCAGCCCACUAAAAACUCCACUGAAGAUGCUGGAUGUUUCUAACUGCUCCUUGAACCACGCUGAUAUGGCCUUUUUAGCCAAUAGCUUCCAUGCCAAUCACUUGGAAGCCCUGGACUUGAGCGGUCAUGAUAUACCUGAGCUUUACCCAUCAACAUUCUUUAAGCUCCUCAGCCACUGCUCUUCGGUGCUUAGGAGUCUUACCCUGGAGGACUGUAACAUCCAGGACACUCAUGUCAACAUGCUGAUUUUAGGUUUAAGCCCUUGUCAGAAACUACAGGAUUUUAAGUUUAUUGGAAACCCACUGUCAUCCCAAGCACUUAAACACCUUUUCACAUUUCUCUGUGAACUGCCAAUGCUGAAAAAUGUGGAGUUCCCAGUUCCAAGGGAUUGCUACCCUAUUGGCAUCACAUACCCCAUUGAUGAUGCCGGUCUUUGCAGAUUUGAUCACCAAAAAUAUGAAAGGGUUGCAGAGGAGAUUAACCUCAUUUUACUCCAAGCAAAUAGAGAGGAUGUGAAGGCUUCAACACCGCUCUUUGGAAGUUAUGAUGCAGCUGUUCAGGAGACAAACAAUGAACUGGGAGCUUACUUGAUCAAGUCCUUCAAAGAGACUUUAGAGAAGUUCACUACUUCAUUUAACAAAAUGAGUUAA